AUGUGGCCCGGGUGGGCCAUCUUCGCCGGCAGCGCGGUGGGCAGUUUCUUCGGCGGGCUGCGGGCUGGCGGGAACCCUAGGGAGGGGGCCUGCAACUGCGACUGCCACAUCUCCUACGAGGGCCUGCUCGAGCCCUCGGAGAAGGUGCUGGCCCUGCUCGGGCAGCAGCUGGAGCGGCGCGGGCCUGGGCACAUGGCACCCAAGGCAACGCUGAAGUUCCCGGCGUGGAAGCCGGCGCCGGCGCUGGCCUGCCCCGUGCGGGCGUGUGAGGCGUGCGAAGCCUGCGCGCCGUGUGCUGGGCUGCCCUGGUGGUGGCUCGUGGUCGUGGCGGUCGGGGCCUUCACUGCUGGCGCCGCCCUGGGUGUGCCGCUGUCGCGGGGGCGGCGACGGAUUCGGGCUGCGCCCCAGGCACUGUUCGACGUCGCCGAGGAGCCGGACGGGCGCGUGGGCGGACGCGGUGCUGACGCAGGGGCGUCCGCGGCGCUGCCAG